UCGACAGACAGACGUUCUGUUAUUCCACUGUUUUUAUUGCUUUUCAUAACCAACUGUCUACACACGUACAAUAAAAGAAAAAUCCUCCUCGAAACUCGUUUUUUAACAUUCUACACGUACUAAUUUCAUUUCACGUUUAAAAAUAUCAUUUUCCGCCUAUUAAUUAUACUAAAAGUGACUACCUAUGUUGUGAAUAAACUUUGGCUUAAGGAAGGCGAGUACUUCAGUGUUAGCAGAGUGUGAUUUAAUUUUUUUGUUGAUUUUAUCCAACGUAAAGAUAGACUCGGUGUGGGGUUGGGCGUCACCGCCCUUACGCCUACAACUGGCCUCUCAGUUACGCGGAUCAUGUAGAAUGGGGGAUAUGGCUGUGGGUGAUCGGCCUCCAUCCCCAGCUCGUCUAUCCCACACAUCAGAUAAACAUCCAAAAAACACCCUAACCGAAUUAACGUUACUUAGGAGGCAUCGUGAACUUUGCGAUGUCGUCCUUAAUGUUGGUACGAGAAAGAUUUUUGCUCACCGGGUAAUAUUAAGCGCUUGCAGUCCCUAUUUUCGAGCAAUGUUCACAGGAGAAUUAGCAGAAUCACGACAAACAGAAGUAACAAUUCGAGAUAUCGAUGAAGUAGCGAUGGAUUUGUUAAUAGAUUUUUGUUAUACAUCUCAUAUUGUGGUGGAAGAAUCAAAUGUUCAAACUCUUUUACCCGCCGCUUGUUUAUUACAAUUAACCGAAAUUCAAGAUAUUUGUUGCGAAUUUUUAAAACGUCAAUUAGAUCCAUCGAAUUGUUUGGGAAUCAGGGCUUUUGCUGACACACAUUCAUGCCGGGAAUUAUUAAGAAUUGCCGAUAAAUUCACUCAACAUAACUUUCAAGAGGUUAUGGAAAGCGAAGAAUUUUUAUUAUUACCCGUAAGUCAAUUAGUCGAUAUUAUUUCAAGCGACGAAUUGAAUGUUCGCACAGAAGAGCAAGUUUUUAACGCGGUAAUGUCUUGGGUUAAAUAUAACGUUUCGGAACGACGCCAACACUUACCUCAAGUUCUCCAACACGUCCGAUUACCACUUUUAACCCCCAAAUUUUUAGUGGGAACCGUAGGAUCCGAUUUGUUAGUUCGAUCGGAUGAAUCAUGUCGCGAUCUCGUCGAUGAAGCCAAAAAUUAUUUACUUCUCCCGCAAGAAAGACCGUUAAUGCAAGGACCUCGAACGAGACCUCGCAAACCAACUCGACGAGGAGAAGUCUUAUUCGCUGUAGGCGGAUGGUGCAGUGGCGACGCAAUAGCAUCAGUUGAAAAAUUUGAUCCACAAACGAUGGAGUGGAAAAUGGUCGCGCCAAUGAGUAAACGACGUUGUGGAGUUGGAGUCGCCGUUUUAAACGAUUUAUUAUAUGCUGUUGGGGGUCAUGAUGGGCAAAGUUAUCUUAAUAGCAUUGAAAGAUAUGAUCCGCAAACUGAUCAGUGGUGUUGUGAUGUUGCACCUACAACUUCUUGUCGUACUAGUGUUGGUGUGGCUGUUUUAGAUAAUUUGUUGUAUGCUGUUGGGGGACAAGAUGGGGUGCAAUGUUUGAAUCAUGUUGAAAGAUACGAUCCAAAAGAAAAUAAAUGGAGCAAAGUAUCCCCAAUGACAACGAGACGUUUAGGAGUCGCAGUUGCGGUACUCGGUGGUUAUUUAUACGCGAUUGGAGGUUCAGAUGGGCAAUCGCCGUUGAAUACAGUGGAAAAAUACGAUCCAAGAAUUAAUAAGUGGGCUCAAGUGACGCCGAUGUCCACGAGAAGAAAACAUUUGGGUUGCGCUGUUUUUAAUAAUUUAAUAUACGCCGUUGGUGGCAGAGAUGAUUGCAUGGAAUUAUCUAGUGCGGAGAGAUAUAAUCCACUCACAAAUAGUUGGAGCCCGAUUGUUGCGAUGACGUCUCGAAGAAGUGGGGUGGGAUUAGCUGUAGUAAAUGGACAAUUAUACGCCGUUGGUGGAUUUGAUGGUACAGCUUAUUUAAAAACUAUCGAGGUGUACGAUACGGAACAAAAUCAGUGGCGAUUAUGUGGCGCAAUGAAUUAUAGGAGGUUAGGUGGUGGCGUCGGUGUAAUGCGGGCCCCGCAAUCGGAGAAUAGGAUCUGGUAGCCAAGAGACAAUUAUGAACAACUACCCACUUUGCAGUGUAGGGUGUUUCAGAUAUCAACCCAUUAAACUUGGGAACGGUAAACGCUACGAUCAAGUGAAAUAAACUGUAAAAAUUGCAAUUAUCGAUUACGGCUUGGAUAUAUUAAGAAUUAUUAACACAUUCAAUUAUAUUCCGAGUCGGAGUCGCCUAAAGCUCUCUGUGAAUGUGUUAAUAAAAAGGCUUACAACUUUUUAUCUCCAUAUCUAUAAAUAUAAAUAUCUCCAUUAUGUAUAUGUAUAGUUGAUAUUUUAUUUAAGAAAAUAUUUUUGUAUUUUACUUUCUGCAUUGAUCGCAUAGUGCAGCUUAAACGAAAAUGAAUGAAACUCGAUCUAUUAAUGCUUAAUGUUUACGACAGUGUUAUAAGAAUAUUGUAAAUGUUUUAAGUAAAUAAAUUAGAAAAUAAGACAAAUGAUUUAAGAAAAAAGUAUUCAUAUAGAGUGUUUCGUGUUAUAAAUAAGGUAUGAAACACUUUGUAUUAAAUAAAUUUAAUAUAUUUCCUUCUAAUCCAUCUUUGCAUUUACGAAUGUAUGUAAAUACUCCUCUUAACUUAUUUGUCCAAAUAAAAAGCCGUUAUUAAAUGUGUAACUUCAA